CUUAAACUUAUAAUGAACCUACAAGAGCAAUUGGCCUCCUCAAGACAAUCACUUAAACCAGUCAACACAAAAGUCCUCACGGUUGAUGGGCAUACAUUUACAGAAAGAAGGAAUGAAACUGGAAGUUUUGAUGUGACUAGAAGUGAGAGUGAUAAAAAAGAAAAGAUUGGCGGAGGUUUUUUUGUCGUUGACACUAAGCCAGAUCUACAGGUUCUAAACAUCCGACCUGGGUUAUAUCUAAGUAGUCAGGAUGUAGCCCAUAGAUUGGAUCUGAUAAAGGAACACGGGAUUACUCACAUUUUAAACACAGCUACUGGUGUACAAAACUUAUUUCCUGAAGUUUUAACAUACAAGCAUGUUGAGAUUCUUGACCUUCCAGAGACUGACCUUACCAGGUACUUUGAAGAAUGUUUUUCAUUUAUAGAACAAGGGAGGCAUGAUGGUUCUGUUUUGAUUCACUGCAAUGCAGGUGUAUCCCGUUCUUGCACUGUAGCGCUUGCAUACCUGGUAAAAACUGAAGGUAUUGAUGUUGAACAGGAACUGUCAAAGUUACGAAGAAUGAGACCUUGUCUACGGCCUAAUGAUGGUUUUAUGAAACAACUACAGGCCUUUCAACUAUUUAGAUGAUGAUGUUAAAAUCUAGUUGUGAAUGAAGGGGAACUUAUCGCGCAGUAUUCAG